UGUCAUUUGUCAUUAGCGGUUGUCACAUUCUUGUAUUGUAUUUCUGUCAGUGAAUGGAAGAUAUUUAUUUUUGGAUAAUUUGAAAAACUGUUUCGCAGAAAAUUUGCGUCGAGAUAAUGUUCAUGAACUGUUGCAAUUAAAUUUUCUGGGCGACGUUUCGAAAACACUGUCUAAAAUGGCUGGAAUUAAAGCGUCUUUGUUUAGGAGAAACAAUGUAGGAUAUUAAAAGAAUUUAAAAACAAGCACCUACUCUAUAUCCCCCCAUUAAAACAUACAAGAAAAACUUUGGAAUUGUUCUAAUAUACUUUUUUCUGUUUCAUUUGUGCCUUCUCCCAAUGUCUGGCAAUGCAGCUUUAGUAAUGUUGGCAUUCGCCGGUUCGAUUGGUAUGACUCUAAUCAUCUUAGCAUGUGCACUUCCCGAAUACGGUUUGUGGUGGCCGUUCUUUGUCGUGCUAUUCUACAUUCUAGCCCCUAUACCUACAUUAAUAGCCAGAAAGUACAACGAUGGCUCUGGCUCGAGUAACAGCUGCCUGGAAGCGGCUAUAUUUAUCACAAUGGGUAUCUUAGUCAGCUCUUUCGCGUUGCCCAUAGUACUGGCCCGAGUCCCCACAAUACAAUGGGGGGCUUGUUAUCUAACACUGGCCGCGAACGUUGUCGUGUAUGCCACUCUGCUGGGAUUUUUCCUUACUUUCGAUCAAGAUGACUCUGACUACAGCAUGUGGUAG